AUGAAUAUUUAAACUAUUUUUACAGGAAAAAAUUAUUUAAAUGUGGUGAUUUAAUUAUGUGAACAUCAUUCUGAGACUAAUAUGACUUAUGUAUCAACAAAAAAAGAAAAACCUGUAGAUUAGAAGAACUUUUAAUUAUUUAAUUUAGUUGACUGGCUAAAAGUUGAAAAUAUGGAAUUAAAUAUAUUAAGAGGGACAAAAGAAAGUUAUGAUGAAUAUACAGAAGAUACAUAUUCUACAUAGAUUAUUAAAUCAGAAAUAAAUAAAGAAGGAGAUAUUUUUGAAUUUGAAAUAUAGAUUUAAAAAUUCUACAUUAGGAUUUUAUUCAUCAGGAACUAAAUAAGAAUUUACAUUAGAUAAAUAGAAAAUACUCUCAACAUUAUUUUUAUCUCAUAAUAGAGAAAAGUUAGAAAUAAAAGGUAAUAAUGUUUAUAUUUGACACAAUAAAUAAAUCAGUCCAUAGAAUUUAUAUUUACAUGA